UCUAUCUGAUAUUUUCAACUAGUCCUAAUCUUUAUAGAUUUCUUAUAGCUUUAUUCAAUAUUACUAAGCAUUAUUUUUAGUACUUGCUUAAAUAAUAAAGUAAAAAAUUUUCUCAUACUUAAAAUAAAGAAUAAUUAUUCAAACUGCUUUCGGUAGAAGGUGCACCAAAAAUGGCUGAUGACGUCAAGCGUCAUACUUAUUUCUCUAAUCCAGGGGGUUACUCACAUGCUAAACAAGAUCAGUAUAAACAGUAUCUUCGUAAACUUCAUCAAGAUUUUAUAGAAUCUUGGAAUGAGAAGACGGAAGUCGACGGUAAAUUAAGUGACUUUGAAAAAAGUAGGAUUCUCGGCACUGGAGCAUUUGGAGUCGUUUAUUUAGUAAGACAUACCAACAGUGGAAAAUAUUAUGCUAUGAAAAUGUUAGAAAAAGAAAAAAUUGUUAAACUUAAACAAAUUGAACACAGUUUUUACGAGAAAAAGAUUUUAUCCGGACUUAAUUUUCCCUUUGUAGUUUUCAUGAAGUACUUCUUUAAAGAUAAUGUUUAUUUAUAUUAUAUCUUACCAUUUAUUCCUGGAGGUGAAAUGUUUACCCAUUUGCGCAAAAUGGGAAAAUUUGAUGAAUCGUCUUCAAAAUUUUAUGGGGCCCAAGUUAUUCUAGCUUUAGAAUACCUUCAUGCUUGCGAGUUAGUUUAUCGUGACCUCAAACCCGAAAAUAUUUUAAUAGAUAGAACAGGCUAUAUUAAAUUAACCGAUUUCGGAUUUUGUAAGCUAAUCCAAGGAAGAACUUGGACUCUCUGCGGUACACCAGAAUAUCUAGCACCUGAAAUUAUUCUUAGCAAAGGUUAUGGAAUGUCUGUAGACUGGUGGUCUCUUGGUAUUCUACUUUUCGAAAUGAGUGCUGGACAUCCACCGUUUUAUGCUUCAGAUCCUAUGAGAAUCUAUGAAAAAAUUGUAUCUGGGAAGUAUCGAUGUCCAUCGCAUUUUUCUUCAGAAUUAAAAGAUUUAGUCUCACACGUUCUUCAAGUUGAUACAACUCGACGAUACGGAAAUCUUAAAGAUGGUACUUUAGAUUUCAAAAAUCAUAAAUGGUUUCGAGAAAUUGACUGGGAUAAUCUCUUAAACAGUCGCAUUCCUCCACCUUUUAUACCAAAGAUUCGUUCACCAGGUGAUGCUACUAACUUCGAUAUAUUUGAUGAAGAAAAAAUUAAGGAAAGCCCAGUUUGCUUAUUUGAAGAAGAAUUUAUUGACUUUUAA